UGAACACGGAAGUAUAGCGUGCGAUAACAUUUAGUAGAAAAUUGGAAAGGAGUUCACUCAUUCUAUUGUGUCAACAAUGAGAAGAAUUAUAGCCAUACAAACCGUUGGCCUACUUUGUUAGAAAUCGAGCUAAACAGACUGAAGUUUAUAAAGUUUUGCAGAAGGAUGCUGAUUUGACAGCUCAAAUUCCUCGCUUCUUGUGCCUGAUUGGCUAAAACAAGUCCGUUGAAAUUGGGGGUUCGCAUCGGUGGAGAAUGGCUAGCAAGCCUGCUAGCUUCGUAUUUUAAAGUCAGUGCUAGCCCACAAUCCAUUUGAGCGGAGUUCUUAUCUGUCUGUCCUACUGUUGCAAGAGAGACACAUGAAAAUUGGCUUGACUACAUAAUCAAGCUUGACAAAAGACAGAGGACUAGGUGUGAAUGACCCCUCCCCUUACGAGAUGUAACAGGAUGCUGAACCAUCACUGUAGAAGGAACCCCGAGCUUCAAGAGGAGCUGCAGAUACAGGCUGCAGUGGCAGCGGGGGAUGUGUACACUGUCAGGAAGAUGCUGGAGCAAGGCUACUCUCCGAAGAUUCGUGAUGCCAACGGGUGGACCCUGCUCCACUUCUCCGCUGCCAAGGGGAAGGAGAGAUGUGUCCGGGUCUUCCUGGAGCACGGAGCUGACCCCACAGUAAAGGACUUCAUCGGCGGCUUCACGGCGCUCCACUAUGCCGCCAUGCACGGCCGCGCACGCAUCGCCCGCCUCAUGCUGGAGUCGGACUUCCGCAGCGACAUCAUCAAUGCCAAGAGCAACGACGGCUGGACGCCGCUGCAUGUGGCCGCCCACUACGGCCGCGACUCUUUCGUGCGGCUCCUCCUUGAGUUCCGCGCCGAGGUGGAUCCCCUCAGCGACAAGGGCACCACGCCCCUCCAACUCGCCAUCAUCCGCGAGCGCUCCAGCUGCGUGAGAAUCCUGCUGGACCACAGCGCCAAUAUCGACAUUCAAAAUGGCUUCCUGCUGCGCUACGCCGUCAUCAAGGGGAAUCAUUCCUACUGUCGUAUGUUCCUGCAGCGGGGUGCGGACACUAACCUGGGUCGCCUCGAGGACGGGCAGACUCCGUUGCACCUAUCGGCACUAAGAGACGACGUGCUGUGUGCCCAGAUGCUCUACAAGUACGGUGCCGAAACCAACACAAGGAACUAUGAGGGCCAGACUCCUGUGGCGGUGUCGUCGAGCAUGUCGGGCAUUAGCCGGCCCUGCCUGGACUUCCUACAGGAGGUCACCAGACAACCCAGGACUUUGCAGGACAUGUGUCGGAUAAACAUCCGAAAUCGCAUAGGCCUCCAGAGCUUGAAGUUUCUGGAGGACCUGCCCAUUGCCAAGGUCAUGAAAGACUACCUAAAACACAAGUUUGACAAUGUGUGAUGACAAGAGUUUUUUUUUUUUUUAUAUACCCCACCCCCCCCCCGAACCAGGCAGACAGAGAACGUCGUUCUCUCCUUUCAUCAGACUAUGCAAGCAUUGUGCUACCUUCCGUUGUCUGAAGCCUGGAGGAGGUGGAGGACCAGGUUUUUGUACAACCUCCAGAGGUCACUUUGUAACCUCAGUUAAACACGCUGUCGGAUGGUGGAGACGGAGUAUCUUUCUCUCUCGGGCGUGUUUCCAACCACGUUAUCAGCGUUACGCCUUUGGAUGGACGGGAACAGGUGGCAGUGUUUCAAGUAGGGCUUUCUUUCAAUCAUGAUGAAUGGUUGAUGAAGUGGUGCAGUCCUAAUUCAUGUUGUGGAAUAAAGCUUGUUUUGAUAGAAAUUAGAUGACCGUCGAUUCGUUGCUGUCAUGUUACCUGUCAUGUUACCCAUAAUGUAUGUCACAUGUCAGAUUUCAGUCCACAUCGUGCCAAUGAUUUUCUUUGUGGAUAUUAAGUGUUCCUAUUAGUUUUCAUGAAGAUGCCCAUGUUUCUUUGCUGUGGUAAAUCUGGGGAAGUUGAGCGCGAGAGAGACUGACCCUUUUUUUUUUUUUUGUUAAGUGGAAAACUUGUUGCAGAAUGGGUCAAUCUUGUGAUACAACAUUUCAAAUAAUCAAGUUAUCGAAACCCCUUAAUUAUUCAAGUAUUACAAAAGCUCAGUGCUGAGUUACCUCAAGCUUGAGUUGGCUAAAGUAGACCCGUUUUGACUUGAUUUAUUGAUUGAAGGAUUCACAAGUGAGCGAUACCGAGGAAGGUUUUCAGUAGAGGGAAGGCCAGAGUUUUCCACAUUUACAGUAGGUGUUCACAAGAUGAGUCAUCCAGCAUAGCUCGGUGAAGUCUGUCUGCAAUGGUUACCAUGUACAGACAUAAACAUCAUAAAAAAAAAAAAAGUGUAAAUAAUUGUCAUAUAUGUACAGCAGAUAUUUUUGUAGAAUUAUUUAAGCGAUGAUCUCCUGUAUUCUUAAUGUAUUUGUAAUUUGUUGGAUGGUAUUGUGUGUUGAUGUGACCCAUGUAUUGUUUUUCUAUGUUUAUGCGUGUCUUUUAAGAGUUUUACAAGACACGCACCUGUAUUUUUUAAACUAAAUAUUUAGUUAAAAUACGUUCAAAUUAUUUUUACUUUGUGGGAGAUGGAACGAGUAUUGGGUUAAGAAUAAAAUAAGUGAAUUUGUGUUUAAA